CAGUUGAAUACGAGAUAACAAACCUUAAACAGAUAUAAACGGUAUAAUUCAUAAAAAAACAAACGGCGGCUAUUUUAUAGGAAAAAAAUAAGCAGCUAUAUUAAAAAUAAAAGCAAAAACAACAAUACAAAAAAAAAGAAAAUACCCAUCAAAAAUAUCACCGCAAACACAAGAGCUUUUAGAUUACCAACAACCAUACCCCAAAGUGCAACAUCAUUCCAUUUAUUUACAAUAACAACAAAAUUAUAUAAUUUUUUAAAGUAAUUCGAUAAAAAAAAAAUUAAAAAGAAACCCCAUCCAAAUAGAGAAAUUCUACCCUUAUACACACUGAAGCAAAACAACAUUAACAACAAAUCUAAAGGAUUCUGGUGAUACACAUACCGUUAGAAUUUCCAUUCUGCUACUCUCACACAUCUUCCGCAACGAACACAAAUUAUCUUCAGUCAGAGACGAUUGAGCGGUAAAACCAAAAGAGAGCUACAGAAUAUUUUCUGAGUAACUGAGUUUGCUACACGUGCGUGUGUGUGUGUGCAAGUGAGCGAGAGUGUGUUUUGUGGUGCUGGCGAAAAAUCUUAGUAACAACUGUCAGUUUUGUUGCGUUUAACAUCUCUGUGCAAUGGCGGAUGUUAUGAAUAACAGUUCGACUCUCUUGGAUGCUGCAGUACCAGCUGCUACAGCAGCGGCCCCUCUUUUGGCAUUCGAUGAUGCUCCAAAUGUUAAGGAACAACCAAAUCAGGAAGCUCCCCCACAAAAGCAAGACAUAUUGGAGCCGCAAAAACCAAUGCAACAAACACAGGAUAUUUUGAAAGAGGAAAAUCAUCAACAGCCGGAACAGAAGGUGGUCGAACAACCACUCCCACCACAACAACAACAACAACAAAUAUUGGAUACAAAACAGCAGCCAACACAGCAGCAAGAAGAAUCGACUCAAAAGCAGAUAACGGAUACAAAACAACAACAAAAUCAACCACAACAAUUGGAACUUAAAGAGGGCGACAAUGACAGUGGCGUGGACGAGUCAACUCAAGAAAAGGAACGCAACGGUCCUGGUACACCCAGUUCACCAGCCAAGACUCCUACUUCGGUAUCAUCCAAGCCUGAUAAAACGGCUGCAUCUCGCCCACCCAGCACUACACCAUCCAACAAAUCAUCGAAAUCUCGUAGCACUUCACGAAAUCGUUUAGCUUUGAAGACUCCUGAACCGGAAACAGUUAAGAAAGUUCCAAUGAAUAAAAUUCAAGUUGGACACGCUCCUUCACCAAACCUGAAGGCCGUACGCUCCAAAAUUGGAUCUCUGGACAAUGCCAGCUACAAGCCUGGUGGUGGAAAUGUCAAAAUUGAAUCGAAGAAAAUUGAAAUUAAGGCAGCACCACGAAUUGAGGCUAAGAAUGACAAAUAUGCUCCCAAAGGAGGUGAAAAAAAGAUUAUUUCAACAAAGUUACAAUGGAAUGCCAAAUCGAAAAUUGGUUCGUUAGAAAAUGCCCACCACAAGCCAGGCGGUGGUGAUAAGAAAAUUGAAUCGAUUAAAACCGAUUUCAAGGAUAAGGCCAAGCCCAAAGUAGGCUCCAAGGAUAAUGUGAAGCAUGUAGCCGGUGGCGGUGAUAUUAAGGAAACCAAUGAUCAACCUAAGGAUAUACAGACUCAAAAAAUCGAAAUAAAGGCACAAAGUAAAAUCGGUUCUUUGGAUAAUGUCAAGCACAAGCCCGGCGGCGGCGACAAGAAAAUCUUCGAUGAUAAGGACUAUUUGAAAAAUGUCGAACAUAGCGUCCCUUUGACAACACCACCAUCUCAGAGUCCACUACCAGCAUCCAUGACGACCUCAACAUCUGGUGCCGAUGAAAAUUUAAAUCAGCAAAGUUAAAUUUGUUAAAAAUAAUCGGAGUUUAAAAAAGCAUUAACAAAACAAAAAUCUAAAACCAUAACAUAUUGAAAUAUCAAAGCAAAACAAAAGAAAAUUAUUAUUAAUAAAAAAUUUAAACAAAAAUCCAAGACCAAAAAACAAAAGAACAGCAAAUUGAAAAAAUACAUCAAAUAUUUCUAAAAAAAAAAAACAAACACAAAAACAAUCGUAACAUAUUUAUCAUCUUCAUAUUAUACUACACCAAAACAAAAAACAAAAACCUACAAAAUAAAUGGAAAAAGACAACUAUAUCUAUUUAUUAUUCAACAGUUAAAACAAUAUGAAUACCCUGAAAAAUAAUAUCUAUAUAUACAAAAACAUACACCUAGAAAAAUAUUCCCCCUUUUUCAUAUACAUUAAUUUCAUAUUUACUUGAAAUCACUUGCAACUAACAAUAAAUACCUAAACGAUUUUUAUAGACAACAUCCACUUUUUGACACUUAGAAUUAUGGCGAUUAGUAUUUGGUUUUCUUUUCGUUUAACUACACUUAAGUAUAUUGUGUGAUUAUUUGCUUAAUAAAAUAUUUAAUAAAACAAAAAUUUUCAAUUUUUUUACUUUAUUCUAAAUGAAGAAACAUAAACUUGCUUUUUAAAAUUCAUAGAACUUCAGUAUACAUCUGCACACAACAAUCAGCCUGAGUAAUUUUAAAUCGUCAGAGACACCGCUUUCCUCCAAUGCUGAUUUUGUUUCAAUAUCAAUUCGUUUUCUCAUUUAAAAUGGAAUUAAAUGCACAGGGAAUAAAGGGCGUAUGAGUUAUACUAAUGUAUAAAAGUUAAUCAUACGGCACCGGGUUAGGCUUAAACACAAAUAAAAACUAGCUUGUCAAUGAAUUUAUCAUAAAUAGAGUUAAAUAAUAAAAAAUUUAAAUUUUUUGACUUUAUUCUAUACAUGAAGAAACACAAACAUGCUUUUUGAAAUUCGUAGAACUUCAGUAUACAUCUACACACAAGAAUCAGUCAGAGCAAUUUUAAAUCGUCAGAGACACCGCUUUGCUCCAAUGCUGGUUUUGUUUUAAUAUCAAUUCGUUUUCUCAUUUAAAAUGGAAUUAAAUGCAUAGGUAAUAAAGGGCGUAUGAGUUAUACUAAAGUAUAAAAGUUAAUCAUACGGCACCGGGCCAAGCUUAAACACAAGUUCGUUUCGAGAUAGACAAACAGGCUAUAAUACUCAUGAUACUAUGGACAUAGCCAGUAAUCGUCAAAUUUAGAAAAUCUUAUUUAAUUCCCACCAAAAGCCUUGGUCUGUAGCUACUGUGAAAUCACAAGGGACUUCAAAUUGUCCAAGUGAGUCUUUAAAGGAAUGCCUAAGCUAACCUAAGUCCUGAGCGGCAGUCAUACAACUUUUUUUU